AGUUUGGACACCCCUGAUGUAUUGAGAUGAAAACGGGCGAUCCUGUGUGUCGAAACGAGCGCACCAGGCCCCGCCCACCGCAACAAACGAGCUGCUGGGUGCCGCAGUGUCACAUGUGAAGACAUGAUGUGCCUCCGAUCUUUUCUUCUUUAAAUCCUUUUCUAUGUACACCAAUCCUUCUGCCGGGAUGGCGGGAGCCUGUGUCCCCGGUCCUGGGAUGACCAGCUGUGUGACCAAGGUGGCCAUCAGUGUCUCCUGUGAACAUCUGAUGGACAUGGACGUCUUUUCCAAGUCUGACCCGCAGUGUGUACUUUACAUGAGUAAUGCUGGAAGCAGCUGGGUGGAGGUCGGCCGUACAGAGAGGAUAAUGAACUGCCUCAACCCCACAUUUUCCAAGACAUUGGUCUUGGACUAUUACUUUGAGAUGGUGCAGAAGUUACGCUUUGAAGUGUAUGACAUUGAUGACAAUGUCACCUGCAGUCUGCAAGAUGCUGACUUCCUGGGAGAACUUGAGUGCACCUUGGGGCAGGUUGUGUCUUCCAACAAUGUCCAAAAACCACUUCUCAUGAAGGACAAGAGGCCCGCAGGAUCUGCCAGCAUCACUAUCCAUGCUGAGGAAAGAACCGACAGCAGGGUGGUGCAAUUGGAGGUGGCAGGUAGACAGCUGGACAAGAAGAGCUUCUUCGGAAAGUCUGACCCUUUCUUGGAAUGGUCCAAAGAGACGGACACAGGGUGGCAGUUGGCUCACAGGACAGAGGUGGUCAAAUACAACCUCAACCCGACAUGGAAGCCUUUCCGAGUCCCGCUGCAGGCACUCACUGGAGGAGAUGUGGAGAGAUCUAUUAAGGUGGAUUGUUACGACUUCAGGAGCAACGGCUCUCACAAUCUAAUCGGCUCCUUCCUGACCACACUCAGCCAGAUUCAGCAGGCAUCCCAAACAUCCGUGGCUGAGUUUGAAUGCAUCAACAGGAAGAAGAAACAGAACAAGAAAAGCUACAAAAACUCUGGUAUUAUAAUAAUAAAACAAUGUCAGAUUGUGAAGGAGUAUACUUUCCUUGACUACAUCUUUGGCGGCUGUCAGCUGAACUUUACCAUCGCCAUUGACUUCACAGGCUCCAACGGGGAUCCCAAGUCUCCAAAUUCCCUGCAUUACAUCAGCCCUCAUGGCUUUAAUGAAUACCUUGCAGCCAUCAUGGCUGUGGGCAAUGUCAUCCAAGACUAUGACAGUGAUAAAAUGUUCCCUGUUUUCGGCUUCGGAGCCCAGGUGCCUCCAACGUGGCAGGUCAGCCAUGAGUUUCCUGUCAACUUCAAUCCUUCAAACCCUUUUUGUGAAGGUAUAGCAGGUGUUGUCCAGGCCUACCAGCAGUGCUUGCCACAGGUGAAGCUCUACGGUCCCACCAACUUCUCUCCCAUCAUCAACCACGUGGCUACUUUUGGCAGACAGGCAUUACAGCAGCAAAGUGCUUCACAAUACUUUGUGCUGCUCAUCAUCACCGACGGAGUGAUCACUGACAUGGAUCAGACUCGCACCGCCAUCGUCCAGGCCUCGCGUCUGCCCAUGUCCAUCAUCAUCGUGGGAGUGGGCGGAGCCGACUUCAGCGCCAUGGAGGUCCUGGACGGAGACAACAACAUUCUGCAGUCAGACCGCGGCGAAGCUGCCAUGCGCGAUAUUGUCCAGUUUGUUCCAUUCAGACAGUUCCAAAGUGCAGGUACUGCUGCCCUUGCCCAAAGUGUCCUGGCAGAGUUACCCCAGCAGGUGGUAUCCUUCUUCAAUGCCUUCCACCUGAAGCCCCCCACUGAUCCCACUCCUCCAUAGACAUGUGACAUCUACUUCCUGUUUACUGGGUGAUCUUCUUCUCUCUGGCUGUAGGUGCACUGCCUGGGAAGUGGAGUGGUGCCAGGCAGCUUCAUACUUGACAUCUCAGUCCUUGUCCAGACUUCACUCCAACUGAGGUAAUGAUAGACACCUUGGGAAGAAGAUAUAAUGAGUCCUGUUCUACACCUUGAUUAAAAACUCAUUUAAGGAAGUUUAUUGUGUAAUUAUGCAGCAGGAACACUAAACAUAUCUGCUGUCCAUAGAGAAAGCAACAUCUUUGUGCCAUAUCAUUUCAAAAUGACUUCAUUCAAUGAUGCAAUUACCACUUAAUAAAAAGAACAGUAAAGAAGAUUGUUCAAAUCUUUUAUCACACUGCAGAAUUAGUAACAUUGUCAAGGUUUGAAUAAAAUGAAGAGAUGGAUACAGAAGUCAGAUGAUUGUAGAAGUACUGCAUGUUUAUGACUUACCAUCACAUGUAUUUUAAUGCUUAUAAACCAAGUGUACAGUAUUGGAUGUGACUCAGAUUAUCUGCACUUUUGGAGCCACUAACACUAAAUUGUAAUACUUAUACUAAAUUGUAAUACUAAUAUUAAAUGAAAAUGUAUUCAUAUUUGUGUCAUGCGUGUGGAUCAAUGAUUGUUGCAGCGUGCAUCAGACUUCUAAAUCAUGUUCAUGUUCAAAUUGAAUAAAAUGUUGUCUUAAUAAUUAA